AUAGCAACCGGGAAACAACCUCCACUGCCGGGAGAAGGAUGGUGCUUGGGGCCGGUAACAGAGCAACAGGACCCGGGAACAACAAGGGCCCAGGAGAAGGGGAGAGAAGCUGCCCAGAGAGUAGACAAUCCAGGGCUUGAGGAGUUUGGGUUUGCGGUUUAUUUUUUCUCCCGACAAAGACACAUACUGUCUAAACUGUGUAAGCUGGUUGUUACUAAGAAGCUGCUGUAUGAGGGGAAAAUGUAUUUAAUAAAAGGCCCAGUGUUUGUGGUCUUCUUGGGCUCCCUGCUGAGCUCAGGAAAUCUUGAGGUGUGACCAGCUUUCAGCCUUCAAAACCAAGAUGAACUGCCCUUGAGAAGGGUGGUCAGAGGGAAAGCAUGUUCACGCUCUCUGUCCUGAGCCGGGGACAUGGGAAGUUGGUCCAGAACAAACAGAAGUUAGAAGUCUAUUUUGAACCAGAGGAUUAUUUGAACUGGAAGUCUCCCGAAGAUUAUGUCCUGGUCAGCAAACCGCGGGACAAGGGCAGCCCCAGCCAGCUCACAUGGAGCCUCUUUCUCCCAAAAACUUUCAGCACGAGAAAGGGCGUCCUCAUCCUCUACUCAGAAGGCUUAGCCCUCUCAGCAUGGACACCCAGAGAGAGGAGAAAAGGCCUCUACCGCCCCAAAGGCCACAGGAGGAGGCUGGAUCUUAAACGGCGCCCACUCCAGGACCUCAGCGAAGCCAUCCUGGUAUGCAGAAGGAGGCAGGACACGUCAAUAGACAGCCACCAUCGUAUGCACGCUUCGAAGGAAAGCCACAGUGAAAAAUCUCAGCAAACCUCCAGAAGGGCCUUUGGGCAUGCUCAGAUUGAUCAUUCUUGGCUCCUGAGUGACAAAUCCCACGUUACAUUCUAUGGCAACGCUUUCCCCAAUAGGAAGGCAAAUAUCAGAGACAAACAAGGGAAUAUGAAGCUCCACAAGGGCAGAAGCAGCCUCUUGUUACAGGAGCCGCCUGCUCAAGGAUGCCUUUUCCCUCCUGUAGCAUCUACCACUGACUCAGAAAAGCACACAGCUGGGGAACUGGAGACGAAAAAGGAUUCAAAGGCUUUGAAAUUACCUCCUGUCUCAGAAGGACCACCCAGAGCCCUGGAUACCCUGAGGAGUCGAUGUAAAGCCAGUGAGCCCCCAGCAGAGCUCCUCAUCUUCCCAGUGGAGAUUCAUUUACACACCCAACACCCUUCAAAAGAGAAAGCACACAGAAGAGGUGCUCCAUGUACUGAGUCGGGACCAGGAUCAGAAGAAGCCAGUCCUUUGGGGGGGCCUCCCCUGAAGCACGCAUCCUUAGAAAGGCUGGGGGAGCUAACAGUGCAUCUGCCCAUGGACACGAGCAGAGACAUGCUCUCACCUCAAGAUGAUGAUGCCCCACUUCAGAAUGUGACCCCACCACUGUCCCCGACUGAAGGAAGAAAAAGUCCAGAGGGCCAGAGGAGCCUGGACGGCCUCCAGACAUCAAGCUGUGGCUGCUCCGCAGGCCCCCCAAAUGUGAGAUGGUCCAGGGCCGCACUCCCAGCAGAAGAACAAGAUGUGUCCCUCCCAAAGGAGCCAAGAUCUGCUGUUCACUUAAUGCAUAAUGUGCAUGAGGGAUCGGAGCCUGGCUCAAGCAGUGAAGUUGUACUUAGUGCAAUGCAUUUUAAGGCUGCAAACACUGAAUCUGGAACCAAUCUUCACAAGAAUCUUAAUGAAACCUCACCUUUGACUCAAAAGCCAGAGAAGCAGGCAGCCCAGCAGUCCUUGGAGGCGGCAGCUCAGAAGACAGGAGAGCCUCAAAGUCAUAUAAAUAAAGGGCCGAUAUGUUCAAACAGAAAAGAAUUUUACACGCGCAAGCUGCACAUCGACAUGACGCCGUUCCUGAAGGAAAGCAAAGAUGAAUUGGACUAUCAUCAAGAACAAGGAGGACCCCUCAGAGAAAACCAUCAAGACACCCAAGACCCAGAGCCAAGGAAUGUGACCCUCCGCCCUCUCAGCACUUCCUGGGCUGAGCACAUGUGGAGGCCUGAGGCAGAUGCUGUCCAAAUGGCGGGCAAAGAUUAUGACGUACACCAUUGGCACAGAGGACUCCCAGAACCUGGGCCUGAGUCCUCAGAGAGGUUGGGUCCUGUAGACACAUCUCUUCUUCCAAAAGAAAGAGAAGGGAAGACUGAACCAAGAACGUCCAAGCAGGAAACACCAGCCAACAUCAGUCACGAGGAGACGGAGCUGAUUGACCAUGCCAAGAGAAAGAAAAGAACCAAGACAGAGAAGUCUAAGGUGCCAAAGGAGGAGAGAGAAGGAAAGGUUCACACAGAAACAAAGACUCCUGUUGGAAAGUUAAAGGAAUCAAAGACUGAAAAGAAGUCAGAGCUAAUUCCCAAAGGAAAACAAACAGGAGCUGAAAGGAAAAGGACGCAGAAGGAAAGGAAUCUGGAAACAGCAGCAGAGCUGAGUAGGCAUGAUGCCAUUAAUUCUAAGGGAACAGAAGACACCUCAGAUAGAGGUUUCUUUCCUUCAGCCUCUGUUGUAGAGGACCCUCGGCUCUCUCCCAGACAUGAUGCUCAGGAGAGCCAAGUUUCAACAGACAGAAAGUCAUCGCCCACCCAGACUGUAACUGUCACAGGACACAUGGAAUCUGAAGACGAGAGAAGCCAUGAGGAUCCUCCCAAGGACCUCUUCGCCAAGAGGGAGCAAGAGAAAGCUUUCCGGGACAGGCUGCGAGCAGAGAGAGCUAAGAUGAGACUGUUGGAGGUGGAGAGGAAGAGAAAGGAGCAGGAAGAGCAGAGGCGGCUCCAACUGGAGCAGCUGGAGAGGACGGAGAAGAUGAAGGAGGAACUGGAGCUGGAAGAGCGAAGACGCACAGAGGAGAUGCGCUUAAGGAAACAAAGACAAGAGGAAGAACGUCGGUGGCAGGAGGAGGAGGAGAGAAGGCAGUGGCUCCAGUUGCAAGCAGCCCAGGAGAGGGCCAGGCAGCAACAGGAGGAGUUCCGGAGGAAACUGCAAGAAUUGCAGAGAAAAAAGCAGCAGGAGGAAGCUGAGAGAGCUGAGGCAGAGAAGCAAAGGCAGAUGGAAUUGGAAAUGAAGUUAGCAGAAGAACACAGGCUCCUGAUGGAAAUGGCUGAAGAAGAACAGCUAGCGUACCAACGGCGGAAACAGGAGGCAGAAGAGAAGGCGUGGCUGGAAGCAGAGCAGAGAAGGCAAAAGGACGAGGAAGCAGCCAGGCUGGCUCUGGAGAAAGCCAUGAAACAAAGCGAGGAACUAGCCAGGCAAAAGUCUGCUCUGAAGAAACGUCUUCACUUCCAUCAAGAACUCCACAAGGAAGCCAGUGGCCUGCAGUGGGCACACAAGAUCUCCAGACCAUGGGUCUACUCUUACUUCCAGUUCCUACAAACACCCAGACCUUAACGCUA